AUGGAUUGCAGAAUUGAAACCGCAGAAACUCGCAGGAACAAGUGUGCUGCAUGUUAUAGGCAGUUCAACAAAGUGGAGCAUCUAGUGGAUCACAUGAAGAUCUCUUAUCAUUCUGUUCAUGAACCAACCUGUGGUAUUUGCAGGAAACAUUGCAGAUCCUUUGAGUCUCUAAGGGAACAUCUUAUAGGUCCAUUGCCAAAACCAGAAUGCAAAGAAAUCUUUGCUAACCGAGGGUGCAAGUUUUGCUUGAAAGUCCUUGAUAGCCCUAACUCUCGCAGGGUCCAUCAACAAAAGUGUCAACUCUCUGGAUUAAGUGGAAUAUGUGGCCGAUUUUCGAACUUGGGAAUUCGCGAUAACUUGACAAUUGGUGGUGGAAGAGGACCACAAGUAGUUGCACUAGCUUGUAAAAUGGUGGGAGGUGGAAGUGAUGGUUCACUUGAUCUUUGUGCAAGAGUUUGCUUAAUAGAUGAACAUGAGAAUAUUAUCUUCCAUUCUUAUGUUAUUCCACCAAUUCCAAUCACAAACUACAGGUAUGAGACAACUGGUAUAAGACAUGAAUACUUAAGAGAUGCAAUGCCAUUGAAACUAGUUCAAAGGAAGAUUCAAGAUUUUCUUUGUAAUGGAGAACCCAUUUGGACAAUUCGUUCAAAAGGAGGAAAAGCUAGGAUUCUUGUGGGUCAUGGUUUAGAUCAUGACCUUGCAUCUUUGCAAAUUGAGUAUCCAACACCAAAAAUAAGGGACACUGCAAAAUACCCUCCACUCAUGAAAACUAGCAAGCUCAGCAACUCACUCAAAUACUUAACACAGGCAUAUCUUGGGUAUGAUAUUCAAACUGGAAUACAAGAUCCUUAUGAUGAUUGUGUUGCAGCAAUGAGACUCUACAUGAGAAUGAGAACACAAAUACACAAAACAGAAGAUUAUCCUUUGGCAUCUGAUUCUCAAAAUAGGAAUAACUUUGCUUCAUGGAGGCAAAGUGAGCUUGAAAGAAUGAGUCCUGAACAAAUGCUAGAAAUCUCAAGAUCUGACUACUACUGCUGGUGUUUGGAUCCAUGA